CAGAAAUUGAACGUGAAGAUGUGAGGACAAUCAAUGAUCUACGUAGCAAACUAAACAAGCAUGGCUUUGCUUUCCAAUUUCAUCCUGAGACUUUUCUGUCUCCUCCUUCAUAUUAACCUCUCUCUGACUUAUUCACUGAAAAACUGUUCAAUACUUUAUGAGGACAGCCCGUCCGCUGGGGUUUCUGUGGACUGUGCAAACAGGGACCUAGUUUCCGUCCCUGACGACAUUCCCAAAGAGGCCGUUUCAAUUGAGCUCAGGGGCAACAGCAUUCAUAAAAUUACAGAAGAUUUCCGGGGCAUGACUAGGUUGCGAUACCUGGGUCUGAGAAAAAGUGGCAUCACUUCUGUGGAUGAUGGAUGUUUCAAUGAUUUGGUUUCAUUGGAAACACUUGUGAUGAGAAACAACGACCUUUCCGCCCUGACUGCAAACAUGUUCCAGGGUCUGUCCAAUCUCACCACGCUUGAUUUAAGCUCUAGUGGUAUUUAUUUCAUCCAUAGAUCUGCCUUUAGGUUCCUGACAAGCUUAAAAGUUUUGAACUUGGAUUAUAAUGCGCUAAAAACCACUGCCGACAUUCAGCCCAUCUUUCAGCUACCACAGAUACAGACGCUCAGCCUUAGAUGUAACGAACUGUCGUCCUUUGAGAGCAAAAACGUCCUGCUGAACAAAUCCUCAAGUUUACAGCAGCUGUUUAUUUCUGGUGACUCCCUGAGGAAGUUCAGCAUCACAACACCCAUUUUCCCUCACCUUCAGGUGGUAGAACUGUCAACAUGUUUAACACCAACCAAACUAAAAUGGUACAUAUCUGACAAAACGUUACUGGAGAACAUAACGCAGUUUUAUGUUGACGAGGAUGCAUUUUCCUUGAAAGGAGUGCAAAACGUCAUGCAGAAUCUCAUCUCAUUGAGACAUUUCAAAAUAAAUACGGUGGUCAGUUGGAUAAAGAGAGGACUGCUAUCUGCUGUCUGCAAAAUUCAAUCACUGAGGCGGCUGGAUUUGUUCCACAACAAAAUUAACAACAUGACUUUGAAACUUGCACCUUGCUCUCAGCUCACAGAGCUUUACCUGCAGCAAACUAAUUUAGAUGAACUGACGAAUGGCUCGAUACAAUCGAUGAAGACACUGCAGGUCCUAAAUAUGAGUGACAACAAGCUCACUAGAGUUUCAUACGACAUUAGGAGCCUCGCCUUUCUUAAGAUCUUGCACUUGGAUAACAAUUUUAUCUCAAAGUUGAGCUGUGAGGAUUUUAAGAACACAACCCGUCUCGUGGAGCUUAAUCUGAACACAAACCAGAUUCCAAGUCUGGAGAGAUGCGUUUUAGAGCAUCUUACCGAGUUAAAGCAUUUAGAUCUGGGUUACAAUAAGCUGAGAGCAUUUGGAGACACAUUUAAAGUCGCCCUGCAUAAGCUCGAGUUCUUGGACAUGAGUGAAAACGAUAUAGAUGAAUUGUUUUCAAAUGCUUUUGAGGGUUUACAGUCCCUAAGACAUUUAAAGAUGGCAAGUGAUGAUUUAACAUUGAUGAAAAGUGAAACAUUUCCUGAAUUGAGGAACCUGGUGGACCUAAAUGUCUCAUUCCCAUUUGGGUAUAAACCUGAACUUCAAAGAUUGCAGCGCUUGGAAAAUCUUACUGUUUACUUUGGAAAAGGUUUUGCUUUUAAAAAUUCUUAUCCAAACAAACAUGGUGGCUUAAGUGAUUUGAAGUUGUUAAAAUCUCUCACAGUGAUCGGCUGCACAGACCUCCCCUUUCAUCUUCAGAGCCUAAAGGAAAUGCUUGAAGCUAUGGGACAUCUGGAAGCUUUCGAAGCUGUGGAUGUGUUUGAGGAAGCUCCAGAUGUAGAUACAUUCCAGUUCAACCCCCAUCUCAGGAGCCUGACAUUAACAAACACCGACAUGUCCAAUCUGAAACCUGAACUGUUUCGACCAAUCCCAAACCUGCAGAGACUCGAUCUCACCAACUCGAUGCUGAGAUCUAUGGGCUUUUUGCUGCAGGCCAACCUUUCUGCACUCAAAUAUCUGAAACUGACAGACAAUAAAAUUAUUAUGAUCAAUGAGUCUGUUUGGGAAGCUCUCCCAUCUCUAACUUACUUAGACCUCAGUUACAACCUGUUCACCUGUGACUGCUCAAAUGCAGGUUUCAUCCAGUGGGUGAAGACCAACAAGCAGACACAAGUAGUAGACGCUCCUCAAUAUAAAUGUUCCUUUCCUGUUAGCAAAGAAGGAACCUUGCUACUAGAUUUCCAUACACAGUCCUGCUUUAACAACAGCAGCUUUCUCUGCUUCAUUUCCACCACUUGCUUAGUCGUUCUGACUCUCCUCACAUCCUUGGUUUACCACUUCCUAAGGCAGCAUCUAGUCUAUGCAUUCCACCUCUUCCUGGCCUUUCUCUAUGACAGCAAACGGAAGAAGAAGAACGAUAGUCAUCAGUUCGAUGCCUUUGUGUCCUAUAACGUCCACGAUGAGGGCUGGGUUUACAGAGAGAUGCUCCCAGUGUUGGAGGGAGAGCAGGGAUGGGUUUACUGCAGUUUCAUGUCCACAGGUAAACCCAUCAUAGAGAACAUCACUGACGCCAUCUACGGCAGCAGGAAGACCAUCUGUGUGAUCAGCCGCAGCUACCUGCGGAGCGAAUGGUGCUCCAAUGAGUUUCAAAUGGCCAGCUUUCGCCUGUUUGAUGAGAAGAAGGAUGUUCUGAUCCUGCUGUUUCUGGAGGAGAUUCCUGCUCAUCACCUGUCUCCAUAUUACCUGAUGAGGAAACUGGUGAAGAAGCGCACAUACCUGAGCUGGCCCCAGGCUGCACAACAUCCGGGGGUUUUCUGGCAGAACGUCCAGAGAGCUCUGCAGGCAGGGGGCGCUGUCGCUGAACCGGUACCAGCAGGACGCUGA